AUGCAAAAAAUGAGUCGCGAGCGGAAACGACGUAGUUCAUCCAUAGUCGAGAUGGCGUUGGUCAAUGCCGGCAUAACAAGGAAUGUUCCGCAGUGUCGAAGACGAUUGAGUUAUGAUCUAAACACAUCUGCGGCUUGGUCAACUAAUAGCAAUACAAAGCAGUUUAACAAAACGUUAGAGCCAGCUUCUAUCAGCAUUGACACUUCGAAAGAUUUAGCUUUUCCGGUUCUUGCCGAUAGUUUAAUAUGCACCGCAACAGAUCACACUGAAAUAACUGCAUCGAUUAAUGCUACAAGCAUAUCGGUUGAUCACGAAUUUAAUAUCACUUUAACUGCUGAACCAGAUAUUGUAGAACCGACUUUGAAUUAUCACCAAGUUGAGAAAAACACACAAUAUACAUCACUUACGUCAGAUCAUGAUGUACCGUCUACAUCGGCAGGACCAAGCAAAGAAUCUAUCGUAUCAAAUCCAAUUAAAAGUAAAGUUGGUAAAAGAAAAUCCAAGAAAGAUAUUAAAUAUAUUGACUAUAUGUCAGAUCAAGAAGACUUUUCUACUUUUUAUGGUGACAUAGCUGAUUCAGAUAAUUGGUCAGAAGGACAAGAAGGAAUAACAUCAGAAGAUGAUUUGCUGUCAGAGGAACAAAAAGUUAAAAGAAAUAAAAGGUACACCAAAAAGGUGUCAAAAUCAAAGACGAUGCCAAUACCCAAGAUGAUGUAG